UGACCUCUUUAACACUAGCAGCGUAGAGGCGAGACACUGACCCCUUAUAGUAAGUUCUAACACAAUUGUUUAUUACCAGAUGGUGUACACUCGCCCAGCAUCAGUGCCCUACCCAACUGUGUGGAAGAGGUUUACUGUACGAAAGGGUGGGGUCACCAGCCUCCUACGUAUCCAAGAUCUGACUGAGGACAUGCACGAACCAGCUCUGAAGCUCAUGGCGAAGUACUUCACCAGAGAUGAACCUCCAUGCAAGUAUAUUGGAAUUCAAAAUCACCCAGUAGCGUUGUCUGAGCUGGAGAAAUUGUGGCGUAACACCAUCAAAGACAAUUUGUCUCUGGUCUGCAUCAAAGACACGGAUGACGAGAGUCCAGUGAUUGUUGGAGUGAAUAUCCUCACCGUCGUAUGUAAGGAAGACAAGGAUGUGCCGUUUCAGACGGAAGACAAAGUCUGGGCAAAACUCUUCGGCGCCGUAGACCUGGUGUCGAGGAGUGUGAACAUUUUCGAGCGGUACGGAGUGGACAAAUACUUGACGGCGUAUGGCCUGGUGGUAGAGCCUCAGUGGCGCGGCUGUGGGAUUGGAAAGGAGAUUUUAGAAGCAAGGAUUCCACUCUGUAAAUCACUUGGCGUUAAGGUGACUGCUACGGUAUUUACAGCUGGGGCUUCUCAAGCAGUAGCCAAAAAGGCUGGAUUCAUAGAUCUCUUUGAAAUAACUUACGAAGAACUUGCUAAAAAAGGUUUUAUAUUCCCCGGAGUGGAGAAAGACACGAAAUCUUCGAAACUUAUGGCUUUGUCUAUUGAGUAAAUCGAUCAGUAUUAUCUAGUUUUUACAAAAAAUAUUUAAACGUGUUUGGGUACUACUACAUUUAAAUGUUAAAAUGCGCUUUAGUGACAUCUAUUAUUAAAUUGGUAAAUGUAAACGUUGUACGACCAUAAAUCCUUCUAAUAAUGUGUUUUAAAAUGAUUAUUUCUGUUUUUAUUUGGAUAAGAGUUGUACCAGUUUUUAUUAUUAUGCUUUUUAACUGUUCUGUGAUUACAAUGAUCUCGUUUUAGGUAGUAGUCUUAUCAAUUGUAAUAGUUUUGUUAUUUCCUAUUAUUUUAAUAGUUAAAUUAUCAGUAUAUUGUAAUUAGUACUGUAGGCACUAGUUACUAAACUACUAUUACAAGCUUAUGUUAAGUGCAAUAAAUAAUAUGUAUUAAUUAUAUAUAUGUUUAAAACGAUAUCCCUUCACACCAUUGUGACACCAAAUUAUUUUUUUAUGUUGACACUGUAUUUAUUGAUUCUAAUGUUAGAUAAUAUAUCAAGAC